AUGGAUAAGCCUGUAGCGGACCCGGUGAAGCUCAAACAAGAGGGCGAGAUCUUACUGGCCGACUCUAUGAAGUCAGAAAGGGCGGUAGCAGACUACCUGAGCAGUCUGGGUUUGGCUGCGGAUGAAAGAGUGGGCGGUAAACACCGUCUCCUUGAUCCAAAGGCAGAAGAACUCUAUGAAGGCGUCACGAAAGCAGUGAUCAACAGUACAAUGCCCAAGGACCUUCCCAACCUACGGAAGGCGUACGAGGAUCCGGAGUGCUUCAAGGAAGAAGCUCAAAGCUUGAUGUCGCGCUACGGCUCUAUAUGGGGAGACGAUGACCGAAGAAGUGCAACAAACGAACUUCGCAUUAGCCAGCCGGAUGACAAAGCGACUAUCGAGAUCAUGCUCAGAUGUUUGAUCGGGAAACGCCUCUUUACGUCUCGAAAAGACACGCUUAGGAAAGUUAGGAAGCAGGAACGCUCUCUCUCGAACGCGCCUUUACCCAAGCCCUUCAUCAGGGGCCCCUCCAGUAAUAGCGCACCCGAAGAUGUCGCUCUGAGCACUGUCACAAGUUCUUAUGGCGGUGAUGACAAUCCCAGCGACGACUCGGAAUCAUACGGAUUUAUCAAGCAGGAGGACUCCCCUACUAUAUCGCCAGAUAUCAGGACCAUCAGCGAUGUACCUGCUUAUAACGGUACUACGCUUGGAGGUACUCUCGGAGAUCAAGGUGACGCGGAGAUUGAUACACUGCCUCUGGAGGAGAGAAGGCUGAAGAAGGCGGACAAGCAAGAAGAAAACUCUUCCUUGACUACGACCACCCCGGACACAGAUUGUCCCCCGUAUACACGCUGGGAUGAGCGAUCUGCAACACAAGCAAGCGAUGUCAACUGCAACGGUCUCCCUCCCAGCAUCGAGGACGGUCGUCAGGUCGAAUCUAGCGACGACACAUCACUGAUCGACCGGUUCAUGAACAUGGCUCUGCAACCACAGCAGGACGUUGCAACACAUGCUCCACCACAUGAGGACCCAACUGGAGAUCCUUACGUGAACCCUAAACCAACGGAAGAGUCUUACCACCAACAAGCCGCCUUUGAUGAGCUGGUAGAGGUGCUCAAGACGUCGACCCCUCAGGGUUCCAAGACCAGAAAGCUCGAGUUCAUCCGAUGCAAGCUGUCCACCACCGAAACGUGCAAGAGAAUGAAAAGAGAAUUGGGUACCGCUGAUUUCAAGGAAUCGUAUACAUCAAUGUUGUUGUGGCACGAGAUUCACGCUAAAUUGCAAGACUUCCAGAUGGCUACCAACUACCACGGAAAGGCAGGUGCGGACUGGCGGGCCCACAAGCAGACUUUGAGAGCGUCCUCUUGGAAAGAUGCAUCCCUGCCUGCUCUAUCCGCGCAUCGCGAGCUAGGUCUGUUUGCCCAGGAGUCGGAGGGACGUCGGGAAUGGGUGGCAUUCAGGCCGGGUGUGUUCGCGACACGUGUAGCUUGCUUCUACGCUACUCUUCUACAGCAACCAAAUGUAGGUGCUGCGGAUCUUGUUGCUGGAUUUCAGGAGUAUAACGUUGAGUUGCUCAAGUGGUUCGAUGUUGGAGAUUGA